UGCUGAUAAUUAUUUUGAGUAAUUACCAAUAGUGUCCACUGCCUUUAAAAUUAAUCUCUUAAAAAAGAUUACUGGAAAAGUCGGAACGUUUUAUUGACAGAAACAAAUUUAAACACAAAGAAGAGUGGUUUGGUAAAAAAUACUAGCGUAAAAGCAUAUUAGGACUACAAAAUUAAUAAUUGUCUGAAACUAGUAUGUUAUGAUAAAACCAUCCUUUUUUGAAGCCACAUCCCACUAAAGCAGCAUUUUUCAUUUGUCCCCAAAAAGACAAAAACUUUCUUAUAUUUUCUUUCUACUGAAACAGUAAAUUUUUAUUAAAAUAAACAUCAGGAGCAAACAUAAAUUAGAAUUCCUUUGAAAUAUUGUCUGUAAUCAAUUAAAUUUUAGAUAUCUGGAGAGUCUGGUGAGAUAAACCAGAUGGUUUAAUAAUUGCUUUAAAAUUAUAAAAACAGCCGACAAAAAUAUGCUGCUGAAACACAUUGAGAUUCUGUUAAAAAACUGUGCAUCAUAAAAGAUGGCAUGUACAUCAUCAGUGAAGCAGGGAAAUCCCUUUGAUCUAAGCUGUGCAUUCUGUCAUAUAUAAUUUGCAAAGCCAUUAAUGUUCACCUUGAUGUAUGGAACUCAUUGACAAGUGUUUUGCUUAAUUUCCUUUUACCCCUACAGGCUCAUCUGCGCCUCACAUCACCUGUCCCAUGCUGGGAAUGUCUGUCAUUUCAUCACCCUUCUCGCUACAACCAAUCCUAUGAAUUCAGCUGCAAUGACGCUAAGCUGACAGCUGACGCCCAGAACAUUUUUCCUGCAUCAUCGGACGGUCAUUCGUAGAGGAAGCACUCAUCAAGAAGAGCUGACUAGAUGAUGUCCUAACCCUAAGUGAAGGAAGAUUUUAGCGGUGUUACCAUGGCAACACCAAAUCAAAUCAAAGAGAUCAAAGCGACGUUGCAGCGCGGUUUGGAGAAUUUAGCUCUAACGGGUAACUUCAAGCAAUUGCCGUUACGGGAGCAGAAGAGUCGUCCUCUGCUUCGUACCAAACUAGGAGAAGGUCCUCAGGUGUGGAACGAUCUGGACAACAACAAUAUGAUCAGUUUUGGUGGUGUCGAUCAAAACGGUUACAGUAGAACUAGUGACGAAUUCAAUAAGAUACGCAACGACUUCAAUAAUGUUCACAUCAGAUCACCGCAGCGAACAAAAACCAGUGACAGUGCGGUGGUACGGGCAAAAAGUGAAUUGGGGGCAAGAGGUGCAAGUGUCAGUACCAAGGAACAUUUAAACUCAUUAAGAACUAAACCUCCUAUUCCGAAUCGAUCCCUUAUACGACCAAUCAGCGGUAGAAAGCCUUUAAAUGAACCCAGGAGUCGGCAGCCGGUUUCUGGAAAUCGCAAACAAUCCAAAACAAACUUAAAACCCAAACCCCCAGAGGUUCCAUUGAAAGGUUCAACGAAGCCUCCACAACGACAGGGAAGUAGAGACUCAUCCAGUGAGGAAGGAAGUGCAAAGAGGUUAGGUGCAGAUGGGAGUUCAAGGGUCAGACGGAGGUCAAGGGUGUCGUCGUCAGAAGGGGGAGAAGAAUGGAGUGAUGUUGAAGAUGAAGAUGAGGAUGAAGAUCCUUUGGGAAGUGAGCGGAUGCCAGGAGACGGAGCAUCGUUUGAUGAUUUUGAAGAGGACGAUGGAAUGGAUGGUCUUGAAGAUGGGGAACAAACUAUUGAUGAUGAUGAAUCCGAUAGUUUCUCCAUCGCCAGCACUGAUUCCCGUUACCAGAUAACUAGUCUCCCCUCAUCCUCAUCAGUCACUAGUAAGACGCAGCGUGAUGGAGACAGGGUUAGUCUCUCCUCAAGGCCUGGUUCUCGUAUGUUCCAAUACCUGACCACAGGCGCUGACGAUGCUCUACCUGCCCUCAGUACAAGUUUAUUUAGUAAUGUGCCACCAACGAUCAACUUUGUGGGUGUUGACGAGAAAGCCGUCCAGUUUCCAUGGGAAAUUCGUAAGCUACUGAAGUGGAGAAUGAGUCCAAUCACACCAAAUGUGAUAAAGAAUUGCAUUGCUAGGUCAGGAUUCAGAGCAACUCGAAAAGCCAACGAAUGGAUGGGCUAUUGGGGAAAGCAUAUGAAGGCAGCUGCAUUCAAAGUUGUCAAAGACUACCAGAAGGUGAACCAUCUCCCAGGCUCCUUCCAGAUUGGUCGUAAGGAUCGUCUAUGGCGUAACCUCUACAAGAUGCAGGUCCACUUCGGCAAACGAGACUUCAACUUCUUCCCUCAGACCUACGUCUUGCCCUUUGACCUCAAGCUGUUGAAACGAGCUUGGGAAGAUGGAGGGACCAAACAGAAGUGGAUCCUCAAGCCACCUGCCUCAGCCAGAGGAAUCGGUAUCCGUGUAAUCCACAAGUGGAACCAGAUCCCAAGACGGAAGCCAGUCAUCGUCCAACGCUACCUAGCCAAACCCUUCCUGAUCAACGGCAGCAAGUUUGAUCUACGCAUUUACGUCUACGUCAAAUCCUACGAUCCACUUAGAAUAUACAUCUUCCAAGAUGGACUGGCAAGAUUUGCCACCAUGAAAUACAAUGCGUCUAUGAAGAGCCUGUCCAACAAGUUCAUGCACCUGACUAACUACAGCAUCAAUAAGAAGAAUGCAGACUUCACACCAAACACUGACUUCACUGCUUGCGAGGGUCACAAAUGGGGUCUGAAGGCAUUGUGGGGCUACUUAAAGCCCAUGGGGAUUGACACCAACGCUAUAUGGGAAAACAUCAAGGAGGUCGUUGUGAAGACUAUCAUUAGCGUGGAUUCUACUGUAAACAGUAUGGUGAAGCUGAACGUUAAGAGUCGUUACUGCGUUCAUGAGUUGUUUGGUUUUGACGUCAUGCUGGAUGAGAAUCUCAAGCCAUGGAUCCUUGAAGUUAACAUCUCACCAAGUCUUCAUUCCAACUCUCCAUUAGACGUCAGUAUCAAGGGGGAGAUGAUCAAAGACCUUCUGAACAUCUCUGGGUUCAACAUUCCUGAUAAGAAAGACGUCUACCCGAUGCUGGCAUCGUCAAGUUCAUCUUCAAAGGUUCGUGGUAGUGACAUCUUCAUGGAUAAGAGACUUUUCCAGACGCAGCUUUCUCAAGAUGAGAGAGCUAAACACGCCUUCUACACACAGAAACACAUUGAUGAGCAAUGUCGGAUGUCCAUCUUAGACACCCUGACGCCUGAUGACCUCCGUGUCCUUGUUGAGACUGAAGAUGAGUACAGUCGAUGCGGAGGCUUUGAGAGAGUCUUCCCUGCCCCCUCGGCACAAAAGUUCUUGAGAUUCUUUGAGACUGCUCGGUACUACAACAUACUUCUCAAUGAGUGGGUCAAGAAGUAUGAGAGGCAGCAUGCUAAAGGCUUAUCCCUACUGGAGGAUUAUUGUAGUGAAGGAGUCCACUUGGCCAACAGCAAAGACAACUCACAUGUGCAAUGGAGCCCUCUAUUCUCACCUAGAUUCAAACCAUGGUCACCGAUCUCCAAUGUUAUCCAGGCACGGGACCCACGUACAUCAAGUGCUCCAGUGACCAGUGCUCCCUCACCAACAACAGGGAUUAAAAAGAGCUCCUCGGCGAACAAUCUUCCAAAGAUCCGCCGUCGACCACCAGCCAAGGCCAGAGCUCUAUCCUCCACAGGGAGUAACGUCUCAAUAUCAAGCACAGCCAGUAAAUCAUCUGCACAUUCCCAUCCCCACCCACCUAGGGGUCUCUACGCACCCCAGCGCAGGACCGUCACUGAUAUGACCACGCCCAGUUGAUGGGGACCACGCCUACCCCCGCUCAAGAUGUUCUAUGACCGUUAUGUGAUGCAUGUCCCCUCGUUGAGAAUGACUUAUCGUCAUAUGUUGAUGAAAGCUAAAGAAUCCCGCGAGUUGGCAGCGACCAAGCAAGUUUCGGAAAGAAGACGUGCUUUUAAGGGAGAAGUGGGUAGCGUGAAGUCAUCCAAACCUUAAAAAAUGGAACUCCCAGCUCUGUGUCACAAGGAAACAAAUGUUUAGAGAAGGAUUUAUGCCAUAGGGAGCUCAUACAGUCACCAAUUCAUAAGAAGAUUCAGUAAUUAGUAUGUAAACUAUCAUAUAAGACAAAUUUACAAAUAAGCCAUCAGCCAUGUGUGUGAGCCAAGGACCUUUAAAAAGACUUUUUGUGAAAAAAAAUUACCAAUCAAACCAAAUAGAAAGCACAAGUCCAGCCACCACAUGGCAAAUAUUUGUCUUGUUUUGUUACUUUUGUUACUGAUUACCAAGCAAAUCUGCAUUUCUUUCAUAGCAGAAUGAAAUUUUCCCUCAAACAAAAAAAAUUAAAAUAUUGGAACUGAAAGUCUAUGUUGAGGUUACAGGAUACCAGAUCAAGAAUGAGCUUAUUGUUUAAUGUAAGAAUGGUCAGAGACCCUUGUAGGGAUGUAGGCGGUAGAAUGAUGUAUUGAACUUGUUUGCUGUGAAAAACCCAACAGGUUUUUUGGCUUAUUUGGUGUUAAAGCUCUUUUGCCUCUGGUUAAUAUUCGUUCUUGCAAGCGAUAAACUUUUUAAUUUUUUUAAUAGAUAAUUACUGCGCAAUAUACGGCUGGUAUCCAGCAUCAAUAUUCUGAGUUGAAAAAAAACCCCAAAACUUCCUCAUAUCAAUGUUAUCCUGUAAGGUUAUAGAAGUAGGACCAACAGUGGGGGAAAUUGUUGGCAUAGUAAGAGGAUUUGGAAACGGGCAGACAAAGUAAAACUUGUUUUUUUUUGAGCAAAUCUCUCUGCCUAAACCAAGGUGUCCUCGUGCCCCCAUGUGAACACUUCUUGCUUGCAUCAUAUUGUUUCUUAGUUCCUUGUCAAUUUGUCUUGGUGACCUGUUAGGGCCUUGUCACACACGAGGCAUCUUUUGAAGACAACAUGGAGGCAACCAACUGCAGUGCAUGCUACAGCACACAAGUAAUUUGUCAAACAAUGUCUUACGAUUCACAAGAAAAUAAUGAGGACAUUCAAAUGUGAAUGUCUUUCUAUUAUUUGAGAUUACCUGGAACUGGUAAAUUACCUUGUGUGACAUGGCCCAUUGGGAGAAUUUUGCAUCUUUAAAAUUCUCACAAACUGAUUGUGGAUGUUUGAAUGGUUUAUAAUUUCAAUAACAUUUCACUAUUUGUAGAUUGGUCAUGCUUUCUUUCUCAUUGGUUAUAACUGGGUUUUUUUCUCUCAGUUGCAAUUACUAUUUUUAUUUAUAUUAUGCACAUUUCUUAUAAUUGAAAAGUGUGCCUGUGUCAGAUGCACUACGCAACCUUUUGUGAAUUUUAUUUUCAUAAAAUAUCUAUACAAAAAGCCUAUGCAGUUAUUAUGUGUGUGAAUGGUGGAGUCGUAAGGCUUCAUCAGCGCUUAUACAUGUACAUUUUUUCAUGAAACUUUCUUAAACUGAUGUGCCUUGAAUUUUAAAAGAUAUUCUUUAAUUUGUGGCCUUGUUUGGAUAAUAAAUUCUAACAGUAAAUCACUAAGCUUGCCUUGAAUACCAGCCCAAACUAAACAUCAAAAUAAUAGACUUCUUUGCAAAUACGUGGUACACUGCCUAGCUAGCGAUCAAACGUUGUCAUUAUACCAAACCAUCAUUCUACGACCAACUUGCUCCCAGUAUUUGCGAAGUUCUCUAUGAAGUUUGAAAACUAUAUUUUGGAAAUGGUAUGCCAAAGGUUAUGAUAUUGUGCCUUAAAGGAACACGUUGCCUUGGAUCGGUCGAGUUGGUCUUUGAAAAGCAUUUGUAACCAUUUGUUAUAACAUG